GUUUGAAAGGACUACAAGGAUUAAUUAAUCUGAUAAAAAGUUAACGUUUAGAAGAUGAACAGAAGUUUAAGUCAGUGUCCAUAUGAGGACUGGGAUAGAGUAUCAAUCUCGAUUUGUAAUCCCUCAGAAUAUUUCCACUGUUUGCAAGACGAAUUCGGUCGGAUUGGAUGGCUAUGCACUCAACCAAUAUGGGUUGAAAAAAGUAGAUGUCCUGUUUACGAUAUUGGAGCCAAAAUGCUGGAUUCUAUUUUCUGCAAUACGACAAACUGCUCAUUAGGGAAUUACAAAUCUAAUUAUGUAUAUAGAGGUAAUUCUUCUCGAGAAAUACCAACAUCAGAACAAGAUGGAGGGGAAGGUAUUAAUCUAUCCCUUCUAAUGGACACUUCAAAUGAUACAUUUACCCGCGCAAGAAGUUGUCUUGCUACAAAGAGGUUUGUUGUUCUCAGAGGGGUUCAGGGAUCCGGGAAAACAUACUUAGCGAAAAAAUUAGCUGAUAAUAUCAACCAGAUAUCUAAUACCAAAUGCCAAGUACACUGGAUCCAUGAUGUAUUGGAAAAUGGAAUACCUAGGUUAACAAACAAAGCAUUGUUUGUUUUAGACGAUAUGUUUUACGAACUGCAGUCCAAGGAUGAAAUUCAGGGCCUAAUAGAAAAAGUAAAAGAGCUCUUUGAUAAUGUUUGUUCGUCAAAAAGGUUCUACGCUAUUGUCACAAUUCCAACAUUAACAUGGAAGAUACAUUCAGAUUAUUUUCAAAAUGAAACAUACUUUACUAAUUAUGUCGAUCUAGAUACCUUAAAUACAGAAGAAAGACUAGAGAUUUUUAAUCAACAUCUAAAUCGUAGCGCUCUUAAAAAAGAAGGAGAUCCAACAAAAAUGCAGAAUCAAAUGGAUUUGCACGAUGCACGUAGAUUUAUUGAAGUUCCAAUAACCAGAAUCAAAAGCGAGAUUUCUCGUUUACUUGACUCAAAAAAUACUAAACAGAGAAAAAUGUUCACAUUGCUUGCAUUCAUGGCUUUCAAUAAUGGAAAACUGAACGUCAGAGAAUACGAUGAGGAUCUCCUUAUGGAGUUUGCCAGAAUUUUUUUUCCAUUUGAUAACUGUAGAGAGUUUACCCUACAGGAAAACGACCCAAGUGUCUUUUCACUUCAGGAAAAGUAUAUAAGGCAUGUAUCUGAUGGAAUCUAUGAAUUUUACUUGGAUAUUGUGAGAAAAAUAGUCUUAGUAAUAUCCUUGGGAAAAAACUUUGAAUCUUUAAAGAAGUAUGUGAGCCAAGAUAUGCUGAAGUGCAUUGUCUUGGAAAGAGGCAAAUUCCAUCUGAUUUAA